CUCACCACUACUCCACCCAUCCAGCCAGCCAGCGCUCUCUAAUCUGCUUGUCCUUUCUCCGCAGGCGCCUGCCCCGGCUGCCCAUGGACUUUGACGGGCGAGUGUGGCCCCUGGUGGGUGGCUUUGGGCGCUAUACCCGCCUAGUGGCCGCCGCGUCUUGGUUGCCCAACGUGGCCCUGGCUCUGGGGUUCUUUUCGGAGCUGCUGUAUUCUGCCCCCACGGGGUAUCAGUGCAGGGGCGACCCCGGUGUAAGCAGCGGACCCUGCGAUGGCAACAGCACCGGCCCGGCACCGGGCAACCGUUCAGAUAACUGCCCCACCGGCUGGGAGUACGACCCGCAAGGCUGGCUUCAGAACAACAUCAUCACGCAGUGGGACCUGGUAUGUGACAGUCGCUGGAAGGUGCCGUUGGAACACAUCUGCAACCUGAGCGGCUGGCUCCUCGGCUACGUCGUCUCCGGAUUUAUCUGUGACCGAUGGGGACGGCGCACUGCCUUCAUUUUGUCCCUGGUGCUGGGGCUGCCCCUCGGCGUGGCGAUGUCCUUCUCGCCCGGGUACGUCAGCUUCCUCCUCCUGAGGGGCGGCUUCAGCGCAGCGCUGGCCGGCAUUUUCCUGUCCUUCUACAUAGCGAGGCUGGAGCUGUGUCCCCCCGGCCACCGUCUCAUGGUGACAAUGAUCGGGGGCUUUUUCUGGGUGGCUGGAGAGCUGCUGUUACCGGGUCUGGGAUCUCUGUGCUCCGACUGGAGGCUGCUGCAGGGAGCCAUCACCGGUACCCUGCUUCUCUUGGGGACGUACUGGGGCUGCCAUACGCUUUUCCCGGAGUCUCCGCGGUGGCUCCUGGCUACUCAGCAGCUGGAGCCAUGCAAGGCCAAGCUCCUCUUCUUCUCCAGGGCAAACGGGGCAGAAAGCGGAGAGGAUCUGUCUGGUCCGGAGGGUCUGUUCACAGAGAUUGACUCCACCUGCGAAGGCUUCCCGCGGCCGCGUUAUUACACCAUCUGCAGCAUCUUGGGGACCCGUCUGAUCUGGAAGAACACAAUGAUACUUGGCUUCGCCACGUUCAUCGGCUGUGGCAUCAAGCCCUGCUUCACCCGGAACCUGCAGACGCUCGGCCCGUAUAUUACGUAUUUCUUGCAAGCUGGGAAUGAGCUCCUGGCCUGCGCCCUGCUCUGCAUCUCUGCCAACCACUGGGGGCGCCGCAGCGUCCUCCUCAUCUGCACCAUCCUGACGGGCUUCUGCUCACUCCUGCUCCUGGCGCUCACACAAUAUCUGUUCUCUGGAGCGUCGGUGGCCUUAUCGGUGUUGGGAUCCCUGUGUGCGCAUGCCAUGGUGAUGCUGAGUGUCUUCUAUGCCAGCGAGGUGCUUCCAACAGUGAUCAGGGGCUCUGGUGUGGGUUUGAUUUUGGGGAUCAGCAUGGUGGGCCGAGCCGCGCUGCCAAUCAUCGAGCUUCACCAGAAAUCCGGCUUCUUCCUGCACCACGUUGUCCUUUCGUCCUUCUGCAUUCUGUUGGUUCUGAGCCUCCUUCUCCUGCCCGAAACCAAAAGGAAGAGUCUCCCGGAAACCCUGCGGCACGGAGAGAACUUACGCCGCCCGCCGCUUCUCCUUACCCCCAGCCAAGACUCAGUACCGCUGCUCGCCCACGGCAAGACCCGCACAGACUACAACCCUGACAGCUACGCGCGGCUCGCGAGUGCAACGAAGAAAAUGCUCACUCGGGACGCAUCGGGAUCCAAAAACGCGGAGGCAAGGACGCCUCUGAGCAAAGCCUGACCAGCAGAGUGCGAGGUGAGGAAACGCUCUAGACGUUCUAAUACUGCCGGCACAAGGUGGGAUAUCUCAUCCAAGGACUAGGCCGUGCCCAAACGGUCACCCAGAUAGCCUUAUCAGGAGAAAGACACUUCUAAGGAGGCGAAAUGCAGCAAAAAGGCUUUAUUAUACAUACAAAAUGAUCAUAAAUUUAUCAGAGCGCUUUGUACCUCAGACAAGCAUUGGGAGCAAAGCCCCCC